AACUGCACAAUACAAGAAAAAAAAGGAGACUCUUCUAGUUUAGCUUGAAAGUUGUGUGUUUAUCAUAUAGAUUUUGUAGUGAUUAUCAACUCUGUUGCAGAAUCUCCAUGAUCUCAUAAGACUUCGACUCUUUUUGAAUUUGCCAUCACAUGCAAUGCCUCCAUUAAUUUGUACAUGAUAAUAAAGAAUAAAUAGUAUGCUUUAAAGAACGUACGGUAGGUAAGAGUUUGCUAGCCAGCAAUGCAAACGUAAAAUUAUUAUUGGCAAUGUAAAAAAUGGUAUCAUUUGUGUUCGUGAGCUUGACGAAAGAAAGGGGAGAAGAGUUCGUGAGCUGCAGCAGUUUGUAAUAACGAUAAUUCUAAGCUUGGCGAAACAAUGGGAGAAGAGUUCUCUUUUUGACAGUAAUAAUCAACAGCUACGGACAAAGAUGCAAAAGAAGUCGCCUCACAAAGCUGAUCUAAUGAACAGAAACUUACAGGUUCUUUUCUCCUCUUCAAGACUUCAACAAUGGACUAACGAAUGUGUUGGAUUUCUCACAGGUUCGGUCGAGAAACACAGUUCUUUUCAUCUCAGUUUGCGUGACGCUUGUCCACGACUAAAGUCCCCAACUCAAGAACCUCGCCGAGAAUAACCUAGAUGGAUCGUCGUGUAGGCCAUGCGAAGAAAAAAGAGGAGACUUUUAUGUUCAGUAGACUAACGGAUGUGUUGGAUUUCUCUAUUUUGUUUCAAAACACAGUUCUUUUCAUCUCAGUUUGCAAUUUAUAAUUCUUUUUGUCUAUAAAAAUUGUCAUCACCGGAUGUCUGAUGAGAUAUGUUGAAACCUCGAAUGUGUGAAGAAGAUUACAAACUCUUUAGAAAGUGUUUCAAACCUCAGGCUAGUUUAUAAUCAAAAGCUCGUUAAGAAGAUCACACAAAAAAAAAACGCCAAAAUGCUCCAAAAGAUAGAAAAUAAAGAAACAAAUAUGUGAGAGUGUAUUUCUAAACGACACGUGUCAAUAUUGGUGUGAACGCAUUAAUUGCAUCCUCUUUUAAUAUGUAAGAGAUGGGUCAGUUCAAUCAAAUUAUGUAAUGGGUCAGUUUAAUCAAAUGAAUGAUGUUUUAUGAAAUUUUAAGUUUAGUGGUCAUUCUACCUCCUUCUGAAUUGACAAAGUAUGUAACCUAUGUUUUAAUAUAUUAAGACCACUAUUCAAUAGCUUUAAAAGGCAUUUAUAUCCAAGAAGAACUUUAAACUUGCGUCCUGAAAAGCCUCUCUGCUUUUGCAUCUUGGUUUGGUUCUCACCAAUAUCAAAUCAUUGUUCAAAUUUCACUCACAAGCUUUUGCAGAGAGAUGAGUAAAUAGUGAAGCAACAUUUGUCAUUGAUGAUUGUGUUGCUAUUGGCUGGUUAGAAGCUAGGUGCUCAUUGUAUUCUCGACCAUAAGAUUCUGCUGCUGGCCGUUCACAUGGACUUGGCCACUUCUUGCUUGACCUCUCCACUCACGGCCAGCUCCAUUUCUUGUUCUGUUUUGUGCCCUCUCUGUUUUUUCUCUUUACUUGUGUUAUUUGUCUUAACACAAGCUUUGGUAUUCUCUCUUUACUCUCUUGCCUUUGUUGUAAUUCAAAGACAUAAACAUUUUUGAAGAGAGUAGAGAGAACACUUUGAUUUUCCACAUUGUUAACUUUGGUCAAACUUUUUUUUUUUUUAUAAUUGGAUUUCUUACAACUUUGGAUACACAUAUUUAUAGUAGAUCUCUACUUACUACACUUACACAUUGCUUAAACAACUUCUUCUAGUCUACGUCGCAAGUUCUUCUGAGACAAAUGACUAAAGGAACAUGGGGGAGCAAAAACUUGGAGUAACACAGCAUAAGAUCUGUUAGAGAAGCUUGUGGUGGACUUUCUCAGAGGUAAGAAGUAGAAAGAUAUGUACAAGGAUCUAACCAUGUAUGAGUAUCUUAAGCUAACACUGAAAGCAUGGAUGCUGUAACAGAGUCUCAAGCCCUGAGGGCUUUGGAUUACAACAGCUCUUUUACUCUCUAGUACUAGGUCUUUCCCUCUUUGUCUGGAUUCAAAUGGUGCAUCUGCUUGUAGAGUGAACUCAAAUGGUGCAGCCGUAAUAAGAAUGUUUUGCUCUCUACGGAGUUUGAGAAAAGUUUUCAUUACUCGACAUAUCCUAUCGCACGGUUGCAAGGCUGUAGUUAGAGGAUCGUUAAACCGUGGAACUUCCACUGUGGUCCAAGGCUACUAGCUCAAAUAUAUACCUCACAAUCCGUUCAUCUCCAGCCUUGUUAUUAAGCAUAAGUGAGAAACAAAGAAUAGAAGGUAGGAUUAGAACAGUCGUUAGACCACUAAAGAAGGUUUAGCAUAGUAUUUAGAUGAAAACAGUUGUUACAACAGUGAGUUAGGAUUAGAACAGUCGUUAGACCACUAAAGAAGGUUUAGCUCAAAUAAUCAAUAUUUUAUACUAACAGUUUACUGUGUAGAGAGAUAUGAAACAGGGAGCAUUCAUGUCAAACUCACCCGCAUUAGAACCAGAAUCUUGAAAAUUCCAGUUUUAUUAGACCUCACAGAGCUAGAUGAUUUCUUGGAGAACACGGGUACUCCAUUCACUCGUCUCAUCUAUUUGGUUUACCUUCUCUGCAACUUCACCAACAUAUACAAACAUUUAAAGUACACUCGUCUCAUCUCCUGAGUCUGCACUUCUUCUAAAUCAACCUAUCUUGUAAAUGUUCAAAAUAUUUCUUCCCACCACAAAGUACAUUGGCAUACAUACAUCAUGUGUUAUCAGAGGCGCGUCCAAAAGUAAAAUCUACAAGAAAAAUAAAAUAACUAAUAUUUCAUUUUUAACUCUUAUCAAAUGUCAAACGUUAUAUUAUUUUUGAAAAUUAAAAUGGAAAUAUAUUUAACUAGAAUUCUUUUUAUAACCACAUUUUAAAAAACAUUUUAAAAACCUAUACUUUAAGAAUAUAAUCAUUCAUGUUUUUCUCUUUUAAUGAAAAAUUCAUUUUUUUUUUCAAAAUGCCGUUAAAUUUACAAAGAAAAUUAAAAUAUCAUUACUGACAUUUUAAUAUUUUGGUUUUAGGCCUAUCAAUAAAUCUAAAUGGAUCAAUAAAUAUUGUACCUAUAUAUAUUUACAAGAUAUGCUAACUUUAAAUUUAAAUAUUUAUAAGAUACCUAUAUAUAUAAAUAUUCUCGUUUAAUUAUUGGGACUACAUAUAUUAUGAACCAUAUAUAGACGAACAUACAUAAUAAAAUUAAAAUAUUAUUUUCUUAAAUCUAUGUAUUAAUAUUUAAGAUAAAUCAUUCAGAUAUUAUCCAUAUUUUCAAUACAAACCAAAACAUUAUAGUCUAAACCAUAUAUUAUAUACAUAGUUGAAUAUCAUUUUUUUGUUCAUAGUAUUAUUUAACGCUAAAAUAUGAAUAUCUACAAAAAAUUUAAAAUACUAUUUACUAUAUCAUUUUGUACAUAAUAUUAAUAAAAAUUACGUGUGUUUAAGAAUAUCUUAAGGAUUAUCUUAAAAUUUAAUUUUAAAUCUAAAAAAAAAAUAUAAACUUAUAAUAGGUUAUUCAGAACAAAAUAAACUAAUGCUAUUAUGUAAACAAAUUUUGUCUUUUCUAUUAUAAUUUUUUUUCCUUUUGAUGAGAUAAUAUAAAUUUCAUCAAAGUCUAAAGAAUCACAUGUUUAAGUAAUAUUAAAAAGUAUAUGAGUAAAUUAAUAUAACAAUUUAAAAUAUUGCCCGAUAUUUUUUGUUUUUAUCAAAGCAACAGUAUCAAAUAGCAGGUAAUAGCGGAUUUAUGGGGUUUUACCAGAUUUUAUCAAAUUAUUUUCUUUAGAUGACAUAGUAAAUUUUUCAUCAAAUUCAAAGGAAUGGCAGGUUUAUGUAAUAUUAAAAAGUAUAUGAGUAAUUUAAUUAAAAAAUUUAGAAAUAUUAUCAGACAUUUGUGGUUUUUAUGAGAUCAACGGUAUCAGAUUGCAUGUUAAUAGCAGGUUUUUGGAGGGCUUUAUAAAACUUUUAAUUAACAAAAUUUUCAUCAGAUUCAGAACCGGAUUAUAUACAAGGUGUCGGGUAUAUCUAUACAACCACAAAUCUGAAUCGGAUAUGAAAAUACUGUUUGAAACUCAAACAUUAUAAUGUGAACAAAAAACCCAAACAUUAUAAUAAAACAAUUUUCAAAUUAUUAUUUUUUAAUUAAAAGUUAUAAAUUCAUGAAAACAUAUCAAAAUGGUUCAAAAUAAUAACCACUCUUUCAAAAAUAGUAGUAGUUUCUAAAUCAGAUAGGAUAAAAAUAGUGUAAAUUGAUGGUUAGAGCUAUGAUAAAUUUAUGAAAAGAAAAACUCAUUUUUAUUUUAAAAUCAAUAAUUCAUAUCAUUACAUUUCAAUAAUGAGACUAUAUUGUUAUUCAAUAUAUAAUAUCUAUACUAUUAUAUCACAAAUAUCAUCUUGAAAUCUUUUUCGAACAAAUAUUGCAUUUUGAAAAAAAAAAACAAAUAAUAAAAACAUAAAAACUCUUUUGUCAAGAUUUGAAACAAAAAUAAUGGUAGUUUUUAAAUUAGUUUGGAUCAAUAAAUGAAAAACUAAUUUAUGCUUUCUAAUCGCAGAUCAAAAUCUAGUUACUUAUUAAUAAAAUAAACAACUGGUCUUUAUUAUAAAAAUAUAGUUGUGAGGUUCGAUUGCUCGUCAGACAUUAUUCGCAAAGCUCAUGAAUGGUGUCAUACAUAUAGAGUAGUCUUCUUGGACAAGUCUCAUUCUACCGGAACGUGGUCUCAUGGUUUAUCAAAGGCAUCAUUCUCAUUUAGCAAUGCUCAUUGUCGGCCAAGCUAUUUUCUUCCUGGUUUGGUAGUUCUUUCAUUUGUAGAUUGUUUAUAUUGUCUGCUAGUGUUCUUAGUGUUGCUUUUUCUUUCCUCCUCCUGUUGUUUAAUUUUUGGUCUUUAUCCGCUUCAAAUUUUCCCUGUAAAUUCUGUAAAAAAAACAGAAAUUGGAUAAAAUUUAACACUUACACUAAAAAGCGUCAAAAGUUGAAGUUCUUUAUAUGUAUCAAAUGUAAUUAUACAUAUAAAGAAUUUUUUUUAAUCAUCAUACACCUACCACUGCAGAAACUUUUUAAAACAUUUAAUCGUAUACCUACACUGCAGAUUUUUUUUUUUUAAUUUUGUGAAUCGUAAAGAGAAAGCCGAAGCUAAGAAAAAAAAUUGUUAUUUUUAAAAAUAUAUGAAAACUAAUUUGUACUUAAAGAUUAAAAAUAGAAAUGGGUUGUAAAUAUCUUUUAUAAUAUUAAUAGAGAUAGAUAGAGAUGUCAUCAGCAGAUUAAUGAGUCAAUUCUAAAAUGCUACUUGUUAAAUGUCUCUUAAUUAACGUUUCCAAACUAAAAAGUUUGACCAAAUACGUUAAUUAAAAAAACAAGUAAUAUUAGUCUAAAUUUACUGAACUAAAUAUAAAUGAUCGUCGACUCUGCGUUACAAUACAUUAGUACUUCUGUAUAUAUAACUCAUUCAACUAUUACAAACAACAUAUUAUGUUAGCUCAAACACUCUCUUAUACCACAAAAAUGGAUAUUCCAAAACGAUACCUAUCACUUUUUAUAUUGAUUAUCUUUGUAACUACAGAUCUAUCACAUGCCGAAAUAAAGGUAGAAAUCUUGAACCAUCUUGGUAGUACAGUGCAGUUUCAUUGUAAAUCAAAGGAUAUUGAUCUUCGAGAACAGAGAUUGCAACCCGGUGGGUCGUGGUCAUUUCAGUUUCAGCGUAAUAUCUUUGGAAGGUCAUUGUUUUUCUGUUCCUUUGAUUUGCCAAAUGGAAGGCGUUGGUUUGACAUAUAUGAAGAGCCCCGAGAUUACGAAGGUUUCUGGAUACAUUAUUUGUGGAGGAUAAAACCAUCUGAACUUUGUAAGUAUACCAUUUACAAAGUUGGGUAUAGUAUGCGGAGGGAUGGUUGUUUUAUUUGGAAUAAAAAUUAGUUCUUUAAAAAACAUAACAAGAUGAAAGUAAUUAUAUGUCUUUUCUAUGGCUCACAAGCGUCGAAUAUAAUAUAAAAUAAAAAUACCAAUAUUUUUGUUACCUUAAUUUUAAGUUGAUAAUUGUUGAUAUGUUUUAAAUCACUCGAUACAAGAGAUAGCCAGGAUCUCGCAAGUGUAUGAUGCUUUUUAUAUAGACUGCAACUUUCAGUUCAGUUACCAUUAUUAAAUCUAAACCUGCAAUUCAGUAGUUUUGGAGUUUUAACUCAAGAUAAUCCUUAAUAUAUGUAGUGUUUGUGCAACUUAUUGUAUUCAAGAAUUACCUUUAACCUCAUUAACAAAAUCUCUUAUUUUUUUCAUAGAUUGGUAAACCAAAUUAAAUACUUUUGUUGUUUGAUUUUGUUUAUUCAUCUUUCCCGUUUAUUUUUUUUUGCUUUUAUUUUAACAAUAACUAGGUCAUAAUCCAAGUCCUGCGUGAAGUGAUCAUUCCUCUAAAUUUAUUAUCUUCUAAAAAUACAAAAGAAUGAUUGGUGCAAAUUUUUAAUCACAAUGUAAUAUCUCAUUUUAGUAAUUUACAAAACCAUACACAAUAACAGUUCAAUUAUUAUUAUUUUAAAAAAAAAUUGGUAUCGAAGCUUAAUGGACCUGAAACCUUAAAAUAUCAUUAUGAAAAGGAUAGGUAAAUUAGAAAAAAUGAAAAACCAGGUUUACUUUGUAUUCGAUCAGUAUAAUCGAUACUACUGGAGUUGACGUAUUAGAAGUAUAUUCUUAACUAAAUAUAUUAUCAGACGUAAUGGACACGAAUUACUAACUAGAAAAUGUUGAAAUUACAACAAUUUAGAUAGAUAGAAGACAAAGACUAGGAUAUCACCAAACUAAGUUUUUGUUCUCAAACUAGCAUUCAAGGUUCAAAGUCACAAAAAUAGGUUUCAUUAAAGAGGUAAAUAUACACUUAUACUACUUGAAUUAAUUAAUCUAAACUUUAGGGUUUAGAGUUAAGGGAUGGGGUUCUGGAAUUAAAGUUUAAAUUUUAUAAAAUAAAAAAUAAAUACUAAAAAAUUAAAAAUAAAAAUUAGAAAAACAGUUUCAAAAAGUAUUUUUGAAUUAUAAAAAAAAACUUUUAAAAAAAAAAUUCGAAAAAAAAAUUUUCAAAAAAAAAAUUAUAAUAAAUUUCGAAUCUGAAAACAUAUAAUCUGAAACUAUAAAAAAAAAUUAUUUUUUAUUUUUUAUUUUUAUUUAUUUUUGUUUGUUUAUUUAAUUAUAAACCAAUGGUAUUAGGGAUAUUUUAUAUUUUAAUGAAUGUCAUUUUUGUUACUUUUUUCUUCUAGUGCCAUUUUUUAGAUAAAAAGUACUAUUAUUAACAAUUGCCCAAAUAAUAAUCACUAAACCAUGAACUCAGUUAUUUAAAUGUUAUGAUAUUUUUGUUUGAAAAUAUUUUUGGGAAAAUUGCUAAAAGAGAACAAGAAAUCAACAUAGUUGUCCCUAUAGUAUAAAUCCAACCUAAAGUAGUCCCUAUAGUAUAAUGUUUUCCAUAAUACCAAAAGUAACCUUUAAUUAAUCUUAGGGAAAAUUGCUAAAAGAGAACAAGAAAUCAACAUAGUUGUCCCUAUAGUAUAAAUCCAACCUAAAGUAGUCCCUAUAGUAUAAUGUUUUCCAUAAUACCAAAAGUAACCUUUAAUUAAUCUUAUUAAACAUAAUUAAUUUGGUUUUUUAUAAAAAAAUAAAGAUGAUUCGGUUUAAUAAAAUUACCGGGUUAGAAAAAAAAUCAGAAGAAAAGGGGUCAAAAGCUUGAUUUCCCUAACCCUAACAUCGUUGGUCUCUCCGCCUCUCUCUUUCACGCCGAUAAAGAUGGCGAUUUUGUCUUCUCCGUUGUGCUCCCUCCGGUGAAAUCAACGACGGAACCCACCGAAGCUUCUCUCUCCACCUCUACGUCUCUCUGCUACUCUCCGCCUCUCUCCACCUCUCUCCGCCUCUCGCCGCCUCUCCGCUUCUCGCCACCUCUCUGCUUCUCUCCGCCUCUCUCGGCGUCUUUCCUCCUCUCGCCGCCUUGUCGGUUCUCUCAACCUCUCGCCGCCUCUCCGCUUAUCGCCACCUCUCCGCUUCUCUCCGCCUCUCCGCCUCUCUGCCUCAAUUUGCGAACGAUAUGGAGCUUGAGCUACCCAAACGAUUGUAUGCAGAGGGUUCAGAACCUCGGGUUAAGAAGAUCAACAACAGUUGCCGCAUGGAACUUAUCAGAGAUCUGAAGAAAGCUAUGUGUGCCGAGUAUGAUGAUGUGAAGAGAGAUCCAGUUUUCACACAUAUCAUGGCUAUUGCCGAAAAUGAUCUCAAGUUCUCUGGGAAACUAGUGGAUAGCUUCAUAUGUAGGCAGCUGAUUACCUCAAAGCUGCAUGAGAAGUGGUUUGUUUUUGCGAGGACGCCUCUCCGGUUUUCGCUUCAGGAGUACCAUGCCGUGACAGGCCUCAAGAUUACACGGGAAACUAACAGUGACGUAGUGAAAUGGAAAAACGACGGGGGUUUUUGGAGUAACCUACUGCACACAGGUGGUAAGAUCACCUUGCAGUCGAUCAGAAAGGUUCAUCUACAAGAAGUUCACACCUGGACUCGGCUUGAUAGGAUGAGGUUGAUCUACUUGUGUGUAAUAGUGGGUGUGGUGAUGGGGAGAGAUGAGAAGGUGUCCAUCCCUCAUAUGUACAUCAAGUUGGUGAUGGAUUUUGACAAGGUUCGGAAGUUCCAUUGGGGUCUUCACUCGUAUGAUUUCCUGUUGAGUUCGAUUGAGAAGGCUAGGAAGAAGUUGGGUAAGAAGGAGAGCUACAUUUUCGAGGGUUUCUCCUAUGCUCUCCAGAUUUGGAUUAUGGAGGCAAUUCCAGAUUUUGGAGAAAUUUUAGGCAGAAGAGUCUCAGACAGCUUCAAAGGUCCAAGGUGUGGCAAUUGGAAAGGAGUUGCAAAAGUUUCUUAUGAAGACAUCAUUGAGCUCGAGGACUCCUUAACUAACAAGGAUAACUUCUUCUCGGUCAUAUCAGUGACUGGUAAUGGUGAUGUGUUUCUAGAUGCUCAGUACACAAGGGAGGGUGAGAUGGAAGAUGAACGAGUGGACCUUGUUUUGGAGAGGAUCAGGAACAAGUAUGAUUGGAGCAGCACAGACUGGCCAGUUUUAGACCCUGAAGAGUCUAAAAUGGAGGAACCCGACAGCCAUGAUAGAGGGUCAGAAGCUGAUAAGAGCGUGGAUCAUACGGAUGUUGUAGCAGACGAGGAGACCUCUUCGGUUCAGGUUGCAGGAAAAGGCAAGAGAAAGUUUCUUGAUGAAGGAGCAGAGACAAGAAAGAAGAAGGUGCUGUGUAAGCGAUCAGCAGAAAAGUUUCUGACUUUUGGUCCUGAAACUAAGAGUUUCAUUGAGGGUCUUAUCCGCACAUCUGUCACUUCAUUGGGAGAUGUGCUCAGUAUGCAAAUGGCGAAUAUGGAGAGAGUGUUUACAGAGAGGAUGGGGAAGAUGGAGAUUGAGGUUUCACAGCUCAAGGACGCAAUCAGUUUGACUGGUGAAGGAAGCUAUCCUAGUAAGAAAGAAACUGAAGAAGCUCCACUAAACAGCAAAGCCAAGCAAGCUCCACCUAAGAGCAAAGGCGCUCAAGCUCCACCUAAGAGCAAAGGCGCUGAAGCUCCACCUAAGCGCAAAGGCGAUCAACCUACUCCAACAAAAAAGGACGGGAAAAAGAUUGCUACAGAAACUAAUGAUUUUGAUUUUGGAUUGAGUACACAAGACUUGCGGGACCUGUCCCAAGCUACAUUUGUUGACGGUUUUGAUCUGUCUCAAGUGAAAGCUGAGACGUCAAGUAAAUCGAAACCGUUUAACAUGGCUCCACUGCAGUGGAAUGAUGAGGAAAUGGAUCGAACCAAAGAAGACUCGCCAGAUGCCGCGUUGGUGUUUUUCCGUGAAGAGGAUUGGGAAAAAGUUAGAACUUGGUCAACUUCCUCUACACGUAUACGGAUUGGACCUGCCACUUUAGAUUUUGAGAUUGCUAAUCGUCUUAUGGAUAAAUCUGAGUGGUUAAAUAGCUUGGAGAUUGACGCUGCAAUGUACGUAUUCCGGGAGAGAACAUCUUUGAAACGAUGGAGACCUCAUCGUGUCGCCUUCAUGACUGUCGUCUUCAGCAAUAUGAUUAAAAAAGAGUAUGGUCAUUUAGAAGCUCAGGGUAGAAAGAGCUACAUGCUUCAUAAUUUGCUACUGCAGUUCGGUAAAGGAGUCCUUCCACCACAUGGCAGGACACAUGAGAUAUGGAAUAUAGAUGUGGAUCGCCUGUAUGUCCCUGUUCAUGUCAGUGGGAAUCAUUGGAUCGCCUUGUGCAUCAGUUUCGUGACGAGAAGCAUUGAAGUGUUCGACUGCUCGGGUAGGAAAAGGUACAAGGAGGUGGAUGGGUUCGCAAACCUUAUUCCGCGUAUUGUCAAGGCAGUUCAGCCUAUGAGACACCAGAAGGAUUUCACAGUCGGUGCAUAUACUGUUUCCUAUGUCCCCGUUGGGAAUCUGAAUAAAAGUGCAUGUGACUGUGGCGUCUAUGCAGUGAAGUUCAUUGAGUGUCAUGCGCUUGGAUUGGAGUUGUCGUUGUUGCAUGAUGGUAACAUUAUCGAAGCUCGCCACAGGAUUCUAUGGGAUCUUUGGGAAGCAGCUAAUGAUCCGGAAUUGAUUGAUAGGAUGUCAAAGUAUCAAUCCCCGGAGUGUCUCUCUUCGACUGUAGAGGAGAUUUUGUGAGACUGCUUGGUUUCAAGUUCUAAUGUAAUGAACAAGAUUGCUUAAUCUGAUGUAUAACUUCUAGAUUUUAUUAUCAUUUUUAGGAACAAGACUGCUUAGUUUAUUGUAUAACUUCUAGUGUUUAAUUAUGAUUUUUAGGAUUGACUCUUGUAAUCAAAUGUACAUCUUAUGGUUUUGUUAUUAAGAGUUUUUAGCUGAAGAAUGCUAGAAUUUAACACUGUUUUAAAUUAGAACCUUAAGCUAAACCCUAAACAUACCCUAAACGAAACACAAAACCCAGAACAAGACCACAGUCAAACCUAACCUAAACUCCUAAACAUACCCUAAACGAAACAAAAACCCGGAACAAGACCACAGUCAAACCUAACCUAAACCCUAAACAUACCCUAAACGAAACAAAAACCCGGAACAAGACCACAAGAACAUUUAGAAUAACUGUUUUACUAGAUCAUCCCGUAGGA